AUGUCUGCCCCAGGGGAUCAAGAUCCAACCAGAGAGUCCCCAGACAACCCAGUAGCCCUUGAGGGAGAGUGGGUACAAGAAGCUGCAGGGGGCAGCGAGAUGGGCCAUGAGUCCGGCCUCGAUGGGGCCUCUGCCACACCUGCCAUUGAAGAAAUACUGGCCUUUCAUCCUAGGGGGGUGGACAAUGUUGGGCCUGAGAGAAACCAGCAAGAAGCGGGUGAUAGGAGAGAGAGCUCAGGUGCUGAGGAAGACUCAGAUAUUGAACCUGCUGAGGAGGAGGGGGCAGGGGAGGAGAUGGAAAACAUAAGAGAUCAAGAAAUGAUGGCUGACCAACGAUUCCCAAUGGCUGGCUUCCUAUUUAUGUUUAUGGAUGUGAUCCGUGCCCUUCUCAACCGUGUCUAUCACAACGACCAAGCCACGAUUAGGCGCCCCCGUGCAAACCACAGAAUGGUGGAAACACCUGGUCCUUCAGCUUCUGGCCGCUCGAGUCAGGUCCAAGUUCCAUCCGGGCCCAUUCCAUCCACAGUGAGGGCCACAGAGUAUGAGGCCUGGGCCUCAUACUCUCUAGGCCUGGCCCGAAGCUUGCCAGAGAUUAUCUCUACAUUUCCGGAGCUGGAGGAGCCUCUAGACUUCGAGGAAGCAGCAGAUCAUUACCUGCCAGAGCCACGUCUUUACACGCGGGAGCCAGCAGUUAGGGCAGCAGCCCAGGAACAAGCAGGAGAAGAGAUGGCAGUACAGGCGACAGCGGAAGAAGAACCAAAAAAGGAAGUCACCGAGCACGCCAUGACCUCAGAGGGCGAAUCCCAUUGUGAUACCCGGAAUGACAAAUCCGGCAUCUUUGAGGGGGAGGAGGAGGAAGAAAAAGAAGAAGAACAAAAGAACCAAGAAGAACAUGGUGAAGUCAGCCCAGAUCCAGCAGACCGCAGCACCGGAAAAUCCAGGUUCCUGUGCUGA